ACCGGAUGAUCUUUAGCGGUUUGUAAGGAACGAGCAGCCGGCGAGUGCGAGCGAUGCAGAAAGGAGAAAGGCAAGGUGAGGAGGAUGUGAGUGAGCUGGCGCUGCUCGCUGUAAGCAUGUUAUCUCGCCGAGUCCCUUUGCUCGCCGUUCUGCUGGUGAUGGUGCUCAGCAGAUGCUGGUGCUGUGUGGUAUUGUGAGAGAGGGUCGUCCUUACAGCCGCAACUGCAGGCACGAGCAGAGGCUUCCUCAGUUGCUGCGCGUUCUGUGUGACUCUAUUCAACUGCCUCGGUUGAUUUGGCUAGCCAGCAAUGUGCGCUGUGGCCAAUGGUGAUGUGCGGUCCGUCUAGAACAGAAGACACAGAUAGUCAGUAUUCUAUACGAUUAGUGACCUGUCACUGGCAAAACAACUGAGAGUGACUGACUUCCGCAUUGCUCCCGUUGGCAUCAGCAGUAUUAUCGUAGCCCGACAGUAGCAAGCUGCAAAACGAGGAUCAGUGGUCCCGGGAAUACACGCAGGCAAGCGGGCAGCGGUAGACUUCUCGAGAUAGCCUCGGUAAGAGUAGUUCUAGGGAGAGCAGGUAAGCAACCAGGCUGGCUGCCUGGCAAGCCUGCAGAUAAACAGCGGCAUACUGAUUUUUACUAUAGACUACACAAUACGGUUAUUACGACUGGAUGACGUCGGGAGAAGCGGCACAAUCCAUGUGAGCUCCAGGGAAGCACAAUUUGGAAAGCUCAAGUUCAUGGCGUUGGGCCGACAACAAAAACACAGGUGAGGCUACUGCCUGCCUGUCGGGUCUCCGCUCUUGCUGCGUAUGAAGGUUGCGGCUGUUCAGAGACGAGAACAAGAGCGAAGUCGAAACGGUAAAGUGACAACGCCGAUGGACUGACGUGUCUUUAAUAUCAAAAACAGCUGAGAGCAGAAAAACGAAAAGUGACCACUGUCCAGAUUUAUCACUGGAGAGUUCUGUUGACGCUGUGUGUGCGUGCCUGCGUUUUUCCAAACCAUGUUUAUGUUUUGUGUCUUGCCGGCGCCAGCUAAGUCCUUAGUUUCGUGAGUUUAAUCGCGUGCCAGCAUGAAAUGAUGACAACAUGAAGCAGCAUUAAUAGUCGUAACCAACGAGUUAAUAAUAACUUGAGCGUGAGUCGAGAUUUCAACGUAGUCUAGAGAAUACCGCCCAUAAUAGCAGGCGAACAGGCAAUUACGGAUCCAGAUCUCGACUGCGUGCUCCGUGUUCGCUAUCCCCUCCAUCGACAACGUGUGCUCUGUGUGAUUGAUGUGAUAGCGCCCAUUGGAAUGCAUUGCGUUGAAUAGCAACAACGAUUGUAGUACAACGGCUUUGGGAAUUCAUUUCGGUUUUUCGCCCCGGUAAAAUUCUGUCUGUAUCUAUCGGUUGAUUUUCGUAACUUUUCUACAGCCUACACAUUCUUCCUCUGUGGAUAUAAUUGUGCCUGAUUUUUACUUACUCGUCAAUAAAUCUAUGUGCCUAUACACUUUCGUGCUUGAUACGACCGAAAUUAACGAUUUUGGAUUAUGCGACUGGAUGUUUAUACGAACUGCUUAUACUACAUAUUAUUAUCGAUUACCUCAGUACGUCGUAUAUGUGCGGUGACUGAUUUUCUUGUACGUGUGUUCGUCUUCUUUAUUGGUUAUUGUAGCGAAUAGAAGCAAUAACAGCAACCCCGUCGUCGUUAACAAGUUGUCGUGUGUGAUCCACAGUAUAGUUGAAGAUUUAUGUCUAUUUCUACCAAUUUCUUAGCGUCUCGUUUAUCAUCGACCGUUUUCGGACGAUCAACAUCAUUGUCAGGCAACUGAAUCAACUCAAAGGAUCGACGAUCCACCUAACAUACAGAAUCCGAUAUGCCGUGAAUCUAGCCACGUUGCCCAGCGAUCUAUAAGGCGUGCAGAGUGGGGUCCUGCCCUGGGCGGUCGUGAUCCAAACAAUCGUCCUGCUAGUUUAAAGUUUUACUAGCCUAGAUAUUUUUAUAGCGAAAGAACGGCUCCCAAUAUUAGUUCGGUGUUGCCAUAACCCACCAGAGCUGGACGAGGUCACCGGGAGGACACACCACCAGAAGAUACAAAUAAGAAGGUAAAAUGCGUCGCGAAAUGGGUCCGAGAAGCAUGUCGCUGCCCAGGGGGACCUCGCUCCAUUCGUCGCUGUGCCCCUCGAGGGUUCAGCCUGUUUCGGGAGUGCUGGGCCUCACCACACCACCAACACCACCCUCCACAUCUGCCACAUCCUCAUCCGGGGAAAAUCUCGAUCAAGACGAGCUCGUCUCCUGCACGAAAGGUACGUUAACGGGGCUACAGCUUCUCGUGAAAAAGGAUCUCACGUUUACUGAAAAACGCUCUGUGCAAAGAAAUUGCGGUUGUGUGGAGAUAACUCAUCAUUGCAAACAAACAAAACGAAAGAAGUUCCACCCAUUUCGAGCGGUUCGUAAAAUCUUUCGCUGGGGCUCAAAAGUGAAACGUGUCAAAUGUUCUGAAGGUGUUUCGUCAGAAGGCGGUGGGAUAGUCACGUCAAAGAAAUCUCUUAGCGUAGGAGAGCUUCGCCAGGCAGCGUUAGGUGACCCACUUGACCCAAACAUGGAUCUUGACGAUCAUUCAAUUGACAUCAAUGACCCGACUGGUCUCGCUGUAGGCAGCGGCGCAGGAUGUGGAGUGGCAGCCGGAGCUGGACCAGGCGCAGGACUAUACUCAAUGGCAGGACUGUCAUUAUCACACGAUUCGGUAUUCAGUCCGGACACGUCGACCCCUGCAGAGAUGGGGCAAAUCAUCCAUCCGGUGCCUGUAAUGACUGGCAUUAGCAUCACCAACAGCCUCUUCAAGAACGAGUUGUUCAAUCGCGUUAGAGCUAGACAAGCUGGCGAGGAAGACAGCGACGAGGAAGAAGAUGAGGACCCGGGUCUCCCCCGGAGCCCUUGUUCUCACACACCGCCCAAUGCGGGCGAGCAUGCCUCUGAAGGUGGCCUGUUACUGCCUUGCGGCGGGGUAAUUGGAUCCGACGGACGCGUCCCUGGAACUCUUGGGACACACGCAGGACAGCACCCUCUCACAGGCAGCAUCGCCAGCAUCUUGCAGCACUCCUCACCCGGCAACAAAGCGAAAGCGAGGAGCACGUGCAGUGCGGGCAGCCUCUCCAGUAUGCUUAGUUCCGAAACGGACGAGGAUUCACUGAGUGCAGGCGCUUCAAACAGUCAGCAUAGUUCAGUUGGCGUUAGCGGAGGGGGCCAAAGCAGUGGCAGUGCCGUUGGGGGCGGGGGCGUCGACAAGGGCGGUCAGAUGAGUCACAAUGCGGCCCGUCACAAGAUCGCCAUCAAGCCCAAAAAGAACCACGGCCGAAGGAGGCCUGUGCGGGCCACCCCCACGGAGCCUUCCCUCCCUGCCACACCUGAGGAACGCACCACUCCGUCAACGGCCGACGACGAGGCUGCGAUACCAGCGUACAAUAAUCAAAGCCUCUCAAACUCGAACUCGACGGCAGAGUUGUUAGAUAUUGCGUGUGGUGCUGUUGCUUUUGUUUGUUUGUUUGGGCGUCCGUGUGCGAAUGUGUGCCGUUCUUUUACAGAGACGAGCGGAGGGUCAGCUUCGGCGGUUUCUAGCCGCCCAAUGUCCACCGACGAGGAAGUAGCCACAACGAUUUCCCCCCUCGCGAAUUUGUCAGCGACUCCCGUCAGCCAGAAGUCGUCCCCCCUUCCGGAGUGUAGCGGCAACAUGCUCGUUGCUGGACUGCCGCAGUCCGCAAAUGCCGAUAACAGCAGCGGCGGGCAUGGGAGCCUUAGUCGAUUAGUUUCAUCGCAGCAGCAGUCGCAGCAGGAGAAACGACGAUCGGCAGCAGCCCUACUUGACGAGACGCCCGAGCCCGUCAUAGUAACUCCGACCCAUCAGGGUCAGACGUUGAUGCAGUCGGGCCUAGGCGUCCAGAUGUCAGAUCAAGCGGACCUACUGCGGCAGUCAGACGUCAGUCCGAAAAGGCGGCCGACUGGAGGCGUGGCCAUGAUUAGCGUGCAAUCAAUUCAGGGAGCCCUGAACAACACCAGUAGAUCGCUCGGUAGCCCAGUACAGCGGAGCAAAAGCAUGAAGGUAGAGAGCGCGGACGGGUUCAGGGCGGGACAGUGUCAGAACGAACUGUCGCCGGGCGGUCGUCCCCGAGGCCUUAGGCCGGUGUCGCAAAUAAGUGGCGAUCUUCGGCCUGACCUUGACGUCGACACCCGCGACAAUAAGGUGCCUCUUUCCGCCCAGAAUUCGCCCGUUAAACGCGGAUUUAACGUCAGCUCGGAUUUCUUCCAACGCUCAAAGUCCUUCUCCGCCAAAGUUUCUGAAACACAUCAAACUUUAGAAGGACCGAACGGAAAAGAAUUGAACAACCCGAUUCAGAUUGAUGAAGUUGUUGUCGCCGAUGUACGAGAAAGUAUCAAGAGCUUAGAAAGACGAAAACAGUGUUCUCCCACUGGACUAAACAGCAUCCAGAGCGGUGUUCCGUCAACCAUUAUCACACAAGGCCCCUCAGUUCUUGUCGCAGGCACAAUGCCGGCUGUGGUAAACGUUGCGGGACGAAUGAGUCCUGCAUAUUUUCUUCAUCAACAACAGCAACAACAACAACAACAACAGCACCAUAAUCAGCAUCAGCAUUAUUCCAGUGUGACGACCAGCAUGGUUUCAGCGACCAGUAACGAUCCUGCAGUGGACCACCAAGGUAGUCGAGCUGAUGCGCCUACCUCUCCUCCGGCGACAUCGCCGUGCCAAACCUCCAUGCCCCCGAACCCCUUUGUGCAAGCCCGCAUCUAUAAAGGUGCACGGCGUCGUGAAAUCGAUGACGAGAAGGACGACAAGGUAACGCUUGCGGGCAAUGGUGCAGGGCAGUCAUCUGCGUUUGCAGGUUCUGGUGCCAAAAUGGGGCUGGCGGGAACUGCAGGGGUUGCGGAAAGACCCCGCUCCGAGCUGCUCGAAGGCGUCGAAUUGCGGCGGCCAAGAAGCGUCCAGACACGCCUGAGCCCGGAUGACGCCUGUGGAAGCGCCCAGCCAAACCUGCAACAACAGCAAACUACAACCAGCUCCUUCGCCGGGGAACCCGAGCUUUUUAAGGUCUUUGCAAGACGUUCACUGAAGCAAAAACCGGGUCCACACGUGGAGAAGCAAGAUACUGAAAUGGAAACGGAGAAGCUCGUCGCUAGGCAACAGGAAAACAAUGACAAGGAUCAAGCGCGAGAGGGCAAAGUAGCUGGUAAUAAUAACAUUAACAAGUCUACGAUUCCUCAGGUCAGAUCCGUUACUGAUGCCAAACGUAUUAGUGAGCCAUCGGCCGGUCAAGGCAUCGACCAUUCGGCCCCAGCCGGUCUGUUAAGUGGCCCUAACUUAACAUCCGUCGAGCUGUUGCCCAGUAAAAAGGAACUAAAUAAACUCAAGAUAGGAGCGAACGUUAUAUCCUCGAAAGACAAAAACAAAGAGUCGUUAGUUGCUUCUAACCAGGAAACUGGCGGCUCCGUGUUGGAGCUUCGACGCGAGGCCGAUCAGUUCCGUAGGCAGCAGUCGCUAGCGCAACCCCCUAUGAGUCACCAGCCCGAACCCAUCAGUCCGGGUGGCCGGGUGGGGCAAGGUAGCUCGCGAAGUCUUCACAUGUCCGCACCCAUCGGUCAGACAGGCGGAAGCCAGCAUCAGACUGGCGAGACGAAGCGUAUUUCGGCAGUUUUGUUGCAACGAGCCAGCUCCGUAGCCGUACGAGGAACUGAGGAAAAUGCGCAGGAGAAUGAGCAGGCACGCACAGGGACCGGUACUCAGGGUAGUGAUCAGCCCGAAUGGCUGCAAUUGGCACAGAAGAAGCGCGAGAAGCGUGAACUUCAGGAAAAGAUGGAUAACACAUCGAUGGGAGUAAGCAACGCGGCUAAAGUUCAGGAUAGCGCUUCGAAUAACAGACUAAGCAGUAGUAACAACUUCGUUAACAGUCAGGAGGCUUCUUCAGCAAAACCCUCAGCGGGGCUGAGAUCAUCCAAGGUGCUCGAUCUCGUCUCCAACUUCCAGAAGCUCCAGAUGGCGUAAAGUCACCUAAGUAGUGAUAAUAAAAACAGCUGCAGUUGAUAGCCAACGUGUGAGAGAUAUGUACGGUGUACUCGCUAUAAAAGCAACUGUUCCACGCGAUGGCGGCGGCGGCGGCGGUAGCACCAACAACAACAGGUGUAGGUAGAUGAAGAUGAUUGAAGAAAAUGCGAUCACUGCCUACCGAGUUCUACCGAGCGAAAUCACUGCCACAAGCCGUCUCCACAACUGAUACGCCACAUCAACGUCGAAAGGCUAGGAGAGACUAGAGCUAGGAGAAAGAACAACGGAGACGAGAAGAAGUUUCAAUAUAAACGCCCUAAGCAUUAAACUUCCUUUCUAGCGACCUGAUUCGAAAAGAUGCAGCGCCCGUGCAUAAUUUGAAGCAGGCGUCGGCGACAUCGAACCAGUGUUCAGCUUCAACUUCAAUAGCGAGUUGAAGACCGUCUGUUGUAGCCAGGAGGAGCUUAACUAAAAUUAAGGCAGUUCAUAAUUGCUGAAGAAGGAAAACUAGGGCCAAGAUGCAGAUGUAGUUAAGCGAUGGCUGGAACGGCAAACAUUUAGCCUUCGCGUAAUACGAGUUGAUCGAUCAUUACAACUAUUUCAAUAUAGCUUGCGGCCAUCCUGCCCUAUAAAUAUGUACAUACGAUUUAUUAUUAUACCACAUAACAGGAUCAAAUCUAGUAAAACUGCGAUCUACAUGCACACCGAAUAUAGGGUAUAACGAUGACUAUAAUUGCAAUAAGACCCAAUAGCUAUUUGAUCCAUCGAUUUCUAAAUAGUUGACACUCUGCGAAGUAAGACGAAAAGAUGAAUAAUACGACAGGACUUAGCUAGCUUAUACUACAUUAGGACGAGGGAACUGGGAAGGUGGGGAAAGAUUGACACGAAGUUUGGCACACACUGGCUAACGGUUUUACGGACAAUAUUAUGCCAUAAUGUCGAGAUGUAUCUGUACAUAUAUAUAUAUAUAUAUAGAGCGCGAAAGAGUGAGAGUGUUUGUGUGUGUGCGAGAGGGAGGGAGAGAAAGAGAGGGUAUAAAGUUCCCGUACUACAAGAUACUGUCGGCAAACGAUCUUUAGUAGGCGAACUAACACAACAGAUCCAAUUAAUGACAAAAUCUCGAAAAGAUGAUCACCUUUUCCAUUUUAGUCUAAUCGAUGAAAACAACCUGCCCUCCACAAUCCCGUGUGUAGGGAUCAGUGCAAGAAAUGAAAAAAAACGGACAAGCAGAAAUAUAGGAGGUAUCUUGCCUACGACUAACGUCGAUGUACGUUCGAGACUGUUGUUUGUAGAGGCUUCUCCCCGGUUUGUAAAGGAUGCGCCCUGUAACUGGAAAAUCUAUGAAAGAGAACAAAUAUAUAGGAAGACCUGAGUGGCGGCAAUGAUUCCAUUCAUUAAUUCAUACGCUGUGUAUGUGAUCACUGCUUCCAAUUCUCCUAUCAAUUCUGUGGUUAUUACCAUCACGGCUUGUAUUCUAAUUAUGAUUGUAGUAAUUGUAUUGUAAUAACUGUUCUUAUCUGACAUUACGACAAUUAAGACGAAGCCAGCGACAUCUGGCUUGUCGUUGAUAGUAGUCGACGAUCGCCGAUUAUGUACUUCUAAUCAGUCCACCGCUUCCUCUUGUGCUUCAAACGUUAUUAAUGAUUCUAUCAGAAAAAAACAAACAAAGAAUAGAGAUCCGAUAUCUAGAAUUGUUCUCCGAAAGUACUAGAGCACAGAACUUCAUAGAAGUAGGACAACACCAAUUCUAGUGGUUGAUAAUAUGCUAAGGAAAAUGAAUACAUAAACGUCAAACAAGAGGAACGGAAAAUAAUAACGAUGAUAUUAUGCUCUAGAAAAACGCCGAUGUCAACGGCGGAUGUAGAAAAAAGGGAACAAGGAACGUACUUGAGGCAGACACGCAUCAAGAAAAACAAUUGUAGAAAUAUUGUGUGUGUUUAAACCAAUAAAACAAUGGCUAGACAC